AUGGAUACACCAAUUUUUGAAGAAGCAUUGUCCGGCAGUGCGUAUGACGUGAGGGAGAAUUCUAUUUUCACCGACGUUAAUGUUCCGUGUUUGAGUGAAGAUGACACACCACAUGUAGAACAGGUUAAUGUGUCUUUUGGUGAAUUUUCAUGUGAUACAUUGAGCCAUAUAUUUAAGAUGAGAAUGAGUGUUAAUGUAUCUUUUGAUGAAUUUUCUUGUGAUACAUCAAGCCACAUAGUUAAGUUGAGAAUGAGUGGGAAAGAAUCUGAAGACGCUAUUCAGAAAAAGGAUGAUGCUACGGUCCCGGAUCACACUGAAAUUCCAAUGGAGGAAAUCCCGUACGUAGGAUUGAGAUUUAAUUCGUUACAGCGGGCACAAGAGUUCUAUUCUAAUUAUGCGAAGAAAGUUGGGUUUGUGACGAGGAUUAGGAAUACAAACUUUGACAAGACCAGGAAAGAAUUAAAGGUACCUAUUAAUCAAUCGAUACACUGUAGUCGUGAAGGUUAUCGGGAAUCUCGAGUGAAGGCAGCAAUACGGGUAAAGAGAAUAACAACAGCUGGGUGCAAAGCAAGGAUGUACGUGAUGCUUGAUAGGCAUAAUGAUAAUUGGCUGGUGACCAAAUUAGAAUUGAAGCACACCCACGCGUGUUCUGCCGAGCAAGCUGUACAUUACAGUGAGUACAGGGAACUGACCAUGCAUGCCAAGUGUGUGAUUCAGAACAACGAUGAGGCUGGCAUACGGCCUAACAAGACUUAUCUCGCACUGGCAAAUGAGGUUGGUGGGUCAUCAAAGUUGGGUUACUCAGAAAAGGAUGUUAGGAACUAUAUAACGAGGAAUUUGCGCUGUGCUGAUGUAAACGAAGAUGUGAAGGAAAUGAUUAGAUAUUUCAUGCGAAUGAGAGAUAUAAACCCGAAUUUCUUCUAUGCAGUUGAUGUGGACGAAACUAACAAGUUUAAGAGUGCGAUAUGGGUAGAUGCAAGAUGCAGGGCAUCGUAUGAAUAUUUUGGAGAUGUGGUAUCGUUUGAUACAACGUAUAGAAGGAACAAGCAUGGACUUCCGUUUGCAUCUUUCGUUGGUGUCAUCACGGCAAGUCCACACUACUUGGAUGUGCUUUGUUGGGCCAUCAUCACGGACCAGUGCAAAUCCAUAUUUGGCGCAAUUAAGAAUGUCUUCCCAAAUACUAGACACCGAUGGUGUAUAUGGCACAUAAUGAAGAAGAUACCACAUAAGCUCGGAGGAUAUGCUAAAUACAGGGAAAUAGAUGAUAAAAUGCAUGGCACUGUUUGGAAUGCCCAUUCUGAAGCGUCUUUUGAGAAAGAUUGGUGUGCAUUCGUUAAUGAGUUUAACCUACAAAAAAAUAAAUGGCUAUCAGGCCUUUACGAAGAUCGGAGAAUGUGGGUUCCAAUAUAUUUCCAAGGUGAAUUUUGGGCUGGUAUGAGAAGUACCCAACGGAGUGAGAGUAUGCACGCCUUUUUCGGUGGUUACCUGCAUUGUAAAAGUGGACUGGUUCAGUUCGUGCAUGAGUAUGAUAAUGUGCUUGGGAACAAAGAGCAAAAAGAACUGGAGGAUGAUGCUGCAGACUCUAAAGGAGUUGUUCCAUGUUCAUCGAGCUCUACAAUUGAAAGACAAUUUCAGCGUGAGUACACAACCUCUAAGUUUAGAGAAGUCCAACAUGAAUUCAGUAAAAGAGGGGAUUGUAUAGUUCGUGGGGUCACUCAAGAGGGUGAUUUGUUUCGGGUGACCGUCAACGAGCAAUACCUAUUGUAUGGGGAGCCCAGAUCUUGGAAGUACAGUGUUGAGUUUGACCCCAAGACACACAAGAUUCGGUGCGAAUGCAACAUGUUUGGCUCAAGAUGUAUUAUUUGUUGCCACUGUCUUGCUGUGUUGUUUUAUUAUGGAGUAGACACAGUACCAUCUUGCUAUGUUAUCCAUCGAUGGAGCAAGAAUGUACAGCGAAAACACACCUUCAUCAAGAGCAGCCAUGAUAAGAAGCGAUCGGACGAAAGCCACAACUUAUUUAGACGACUGUGUUCACACUUCUACAAUGUAGCACAAGAUUUUGUGACAUGUGAAGAAGAAGCGGCCAUGCUACAUUCGGGUCUUGAUCAGUUAAGGUCAAAGUUGCUUGACUGUCGUGUGAACUUGCUGUCCAGGCGUGUUCCAAGUUCACAAAAUAGCACGGUCACAUAG